GUAGAUCGAUGUGGUGAGGUGUCACCUCCUCUCUCUCUGUCAGAGCGGUGUUUGUGCGUGGCAAUGUGCGCGGAGAUGUAUGCAGGAUCGGGGGGAUGGGCGCGCGCGCGCCGGUCGUAAGAAGUAGUACACUCGCUAUAAUUCUGUCCCUUGUGGAGAAUGACGAGCAGGGAGAGAACUCGUCAGAUUCCAGGUGUCAGAACUCGUCAGAUUCCAGACUUUUCCAACCAUUUCCGACCAUAAAAAAAUGGGAAGGACUUUCUUAAUUGACUUCGUCACUGUGCACUGUAGACUUACUGAACAGGGAAGAUGACACGUCGCUUCUCCAUGGCCCAGUACACCCAGAACGCAGGCCUGUCUUGUAUUGCCGACUGGCGGUGGUCCGAAUCCCAGAAUGACGCCCCGUCUGCUGCAGGUACUGGACCAGCAAGGAGUGGGGGGCCUGUCUGUGCUGUGGAAUACGCGAAGGUCACAGAGUGUGUGACCUUUGCACUGCGUUCCCAUGUCAUGACAGGCGGUCCUGCUUUGUCGUCGCCAGUGAUGCCUGUUCGCGGGUUCAGAAUCGAGCUAGGCGGUGAUGAUGAGCACACUCUCCGGCAGCGUCUGAGAAUGCGGGCAAUGGCUAUGGCCGACAGGCUGACCCCGCCCAUGGACGAACAAGCCGUGGGUGGCUAUGAGACGUCUCCGGCUCGCAAUGCAGGAAGCCAGCAUGGCAGUCCCGGCCCGUCAAGUGUUAGUUCUUUGAACGCUGACACGAUACCAUCCCAGCAGUCAGGUGCUCCCACUGCAAUGUCGCUGGCUGGGCAUGGGAGUCUUCGCGUGUUAACGGAACCGUUGUGUGAUGGUGCUCUUAGGCAGCAGCUCAGUCCGCAUGCUGCGUCAUCUGAGUACGUCCUCAAUCGCAUCAUCCGGGGCAUAGAGGCUGGUGUCCACCCUACGGAGCAUAUGAAUGGUGGGUGUAGAGGCCGGGGAUCGUCUGAGGGCCACCCUCCACGGCCGUGUCCGGGGGAGAAGAGUACAGAUCGGUGGGGGGAGACCGAAACUGAGUGGUUGUGCUGGUACAGAAAUGAGGUGAAGGCGUUGAUGGGGAAAGAAGCGUACGGGCGCGCGAGGCUGAAAGCUGGUUUUUGGAAGUAUGUGGAAGAGCGCAUGCGUGCGAAGGCUUACAACCGUGCAGACGACCAGUGCAAGAACAAGUUCAACCAGAUCCUUGACUACUAUAGAAGAUUGAAGGCGCACGAGAGCUGGUCCGGUUUGCCGAGCUACUGCGACAUGAAUCAGACAAGGCGGAAGAAAUACAACGUCGACUUUGUGCUUCGUCGACGUUGGUACAACAUCAUACAUCCGGUGGAGAACGACAAGGACUCUAUUAACCUCUCCAAUUUGAUGGAUUCAGGGGCAGACAAGGAGCAUCUUGAAGAUGGAGAGGGGGUGAAUGACAUUGAUGGGGAGAUGGAUGGUGGGGGUGAAGAUCCGGCGGCCGGGUCUGGCGGUUCGGUCGGUGGCUCACGGUCGACAGGUUUUGAGCCGACGCUCGGGAGACGAAAAAGAACUGCUAGCAAUGCACAUGAAUCCGGUGUACAGGCUAUGACAGUUGCUAUGCGUGCUCACACGACAACGCUGACACGAUCAGACCUCGCUAUCGCGAAGAUGCGUUGUGAAGCGACACGUGACAUCGCUAAGCAGCAGGUUGAGGUUCAUCACGAGCUUGUGCAGCAAGACAUUGCGUCACGCGAAAGGAUAGCUAACAUAAUGGGAGACAAGGUGGAGAAGGGUUAUUUCGUACUUGCUGAUGCCAUUCGCACCUUACGCCCUCGUACGGACAGUCCAUAUGGUGAUCCGGAUAGCAACGAAUUCCGGAGUCCAUUUGUGCUGCAGCUCGUAUGGGCAGUAUUUAUCUAGGCUGCCCCGGCGCCCGGCCGGGCGGACCCUGGCCGGUUGGGCCCGGGGGGGUCCGCCCGGGUGAACCGGGUGACGCAAAAACAGGCCCAG